UUGAGUGAGGAGACACAAUGACGGAGGGUGCAGAGAUUCAUCAGACCCUGCAGCCAAACAGGGCUGAUGCUACCAGGACGUCCUCUCUGCGGGCUGUAGAAACAGAUUCUGGGCCGGCAGAGACGGCCAGCUGUGAGUCAGAGGAGCCGGACCACCAGGAAGAGGAAUCCUCCAAUUAUCCAGAGGUGCAGCAUCAUUCCUCUACAGGACCAGAGGACAGUGUCCAUGUGGCGCCUGAGGGUGGCUGGGGCUGGGUGGUCGUCGCUGCUACCGUUCUGGUCUUAGCUAUGACUCUGGCUUUCCCUUCUUGCAUCGGGAUAUUUUACACAGACUUGCAGAACGACUUCCAAGCCAGCAACACUGAGACGUCAUGGGUGCCAGCUAUCAUGAUGGCAGUGCUGCAUGCAGGCGGCCCCUUAUGUAGUGUUCUCGUGGAACGCUACGGUUGCCGUGCAACAAUAAUCAUCGGCGGGAUCCUGGGCGGACUGGGAAUGGCAGCCAGCUCAUUUGCACAGACAAUAGUAGAGCUGUAUAUCACUGCUGGCAUUAUCACAGGAAUGGGAUUCUCUUUGUCUUUCCAGCCAUCGAUCACCAUGAUGGGCCACUACUUUGUGCGUCGCAGGGCAUUCGCCAACGCUCUGUCUUCCACUGGCACUGCACUCGGGCUGAGCACCCUACCAUUGCUGGCCAACUAUCUGCUCAGCAGCUUCGGUUGGCGGGGCAGUUUUCUGGUGUUGGGAGGGGUUCUGCUGAACUGUUGCGUUUGUGGGGCCGUGAUGCGCCCCCUUGGGGCCAAACCAAAGACAGACGGCAGAAACGGACCUACGGACAAUCACCACCUCAAAAACAAUUGCCUUCCCGUUCAUCAGGAAAGAGAGGGUCUGAAGGGCCGUCUACGGGCCACUCUCUCCACCGUCAUGCCUUUCCUGCGCAGACACAUGGCUUUUGACCUACUGUGCAGUAACCCAUACUUCCGUGCCUAUGCUCUUGGGGUGUCCUGGAUGAUGCUGGGCUUCGUGGUGCCCCUGGUUUACCUGGUUCCCUAUGCCACCGCGUACGGUAUGGAGCAAGACCGAGCCGCUCUACUGAUGGCCAUCCUCGGAUUGAUCAACAUCAUCGUUCGGCCCGCGACAGCGCUGGUUUUCGGGCUGCCUCGUUUCCGAGGAAGCCAUUGCUUUGCCUAUCUGUUUGCCACGGCGGUGCUGAUCAACGGGUUGAGCAACUGCAUCUGUGGGAUGGGAACAAGUUUUUCAGUACUGCUGGCGUAUGUUAUAGUGUUUGGGUUUUCUAUGAGCCUUAUUGGCUCCUUGUUGUUCACCGUACUUAUGGACACGGUCGAGAUGAGCCGCUUCCCAUCCGCCCUGGGCCUCAUCAGCAUUAUGGAGAGCAUCAUGCUACUGCUUGGCCCACCAUUAGCAGGAAUCCUGGUUGACACCACUAGGCAAUACGCCUAUGUGUUCUUUGCCUGCAGCAUAACCGGGUCCACAGCUGGUCUCUUCAUCAUGUUGUCCUUCUACUGGCUGGACAGAAAGAAAGACCAAGGGGUUAAGAGCUCCUCCACUCAUAAAGACACUAAUACACUGAAGCCAAGCAUUAAGAUGACCAUAGACUGUGAUUAUAGUCCAGUGCCUUUGCAUAGUAAGAAUGACAGAGACAGAGAGACUGAUUUGUGAUGGGUGCCAAGACACCACCUUGAGUGCAUUUUACCAUAGGCUAUUAAUUUUUGUCCAUAAAGUCCCUCACCCUUCUAGUCUUUACCCAUACUCCUCUUAUUGGUGGACAAUCAGCUGUAUUUGCUAUAGAUUAUGUACACAAGAGAUAAAGCAUACCAUUUCCCGGACUGCUAGUAAAUGGAUCGGACCAGAAUUCCAGGUCUAACUUUCCAUAGUGCCAUAUGGAACUGUAAUCACUUCAGAUCAUCUCACAAAAACAUUUUUGAUAAUACAAUUUCUGUUAUUACUCUAACUACUUCAGGAUUACUGACAAAGGCCAGUUGCAAUUGACAUUCAUAUUACUGUAAUGAUGUAGAUUCUGAGAUUAGGUUGUUCUGGGAACAAAUGAAUGUAGAA